AUGUAUAUUGAUAAGUUCGAUCAGCAACAGAAUUCGACAUCGAGGAUGGCCGAAGUUUUAGAGGCACAUCCUAAGGUGGCUCAGGUCUAUUAUCCUGGCUUGAAAAGUCAUCCUGAACAUGAACUUGCCAAGAGGCAAAUGACUGGUUUUGGUGGUGUCGUCAGUUUUGAUAUUGAUGGCGACUUACAUACCACCAUCAAAUUCAUUAAUGCACUUAAAAUUCCAUACAUUGCCCCAUUUUUUGGUGGCUGUGAGAGUAUUGUGGAUCAACCAGCAAUUAUGUCUUACUGGUACUGCCCUUGAAUUUUCAAUAUAUUGAUUGAAAAUGUAAUUA